GUUUUGAAUAAGCGCAUGCGCAUCUUUGGCAUCGCAUUCAAGUUUAAAUUAUUAUUUGCAGAUGUAACGUUUGAGAGAGCUUCCAGAUGUCCUACGAGUGGAUCUACAGUUACUACAAGUUCAACUACCACAGUAAUUCCAUCGUCUACACCUUCCCUGGAGGUCAUACGAACGUGUAUGCUCAACUGUCCUACAACGUCAGAAUAUAAUCCUAUUUGUGGCAGUAAUGGUGUGACGUACGAUAAUCCUAGCCGCUUUGAAUGCGCUAAGAUGUGUGGACUGAACAUACAGAUGUUAAGACGAUCUCGUUGUGAAGUGACUGGUUCAUCGGUGACGCCGAAUACUAAUACUACACCGAAUUCUACCAGUGCAACCACGCCAACCAGCAUAUCUAUAUCGAGCCCUAUCACGAAUGCUACGCCGAUUCCUACAAAACCAAAUGUUACUCCUAUAACACCAAACGUAACUCCUACAUCACCAAAGGUUGCUCCAACGACGCCCAACGGUUUAGACUUUACCAUACCACAGGAUAUUCUUGACUCAAUUUUUACCACUGACUAUGGUGGUCUUAUAGAUGAGAGACAUGAAAGAAGAGUUUAAGUAUCAUAGUACUAUAUGACUAUAUAUAGUACAUACAUAUAUAUGACUAUAUAU